UUUUUUUUUUUUUUUUGCUGGCAACACUGACCGCUACUUGUCAAUAUUAUUGUGCUCUCCCAAUUAUUAUUUAAAUUAAAAUCGUUUUAUGUUCUGUAUUGUACUUAAUAUUAUAUAAAACGUAUAUCUAAGUGAUAAUAUAAGUUUAUUGUUACGUAAAACGUUCAAUUAGUGCAUUUUACUGCAUAAUUGUACAAAUUUUCUUUAUUUUACGAGGGUACUAUAAAUUUUUUCUACAAAUCCAAAAUGAUGACCAGAGGUACCAAAGCUCGUCAAGUUGAUGACCAACUUCAAGUGGCUCUUCAGCAACUAAAAACAUCACGGGAACAGUGUCAACAACUACUAAAAGAGAGAGAAGACAACGAAGUCGAAACACUCCAGAUGGAACUAUCCACGGCUGAACAAACAUUUGGAGUGGUAUCUUUGACGGUCCUUCUAAACGGAGCUUUUGUGGGCGUGCAUCGCAACGAGGGCAAACGGAAGCCCGCAUAUUCGAAAGCUUUUACAUUCGAUUCAUGCGGAAUACUAUCUAGAGAGAACUCGAUUGCAACGAAGUGCGCGUUGCGAGUUCUUUUGCUCACUCCCACGGACAAAGUUCGACUGCUACUAACAUACAACUUUGCAUGGAAACGAAAAUUUCGUUUGCGCUUUUCUAAACAAACAUCCCAGUCCGAGAUUUUGUCAUCGAAGAUUUUAUUGUUGCGAACGACCUCACGAUUUCACGUCACGGCUAACAGAAAACAAGCACUUAUUUUCCGUUUCAAUAAAUCUGUAGUAAUAAUGUAACUUCGCAAAAUUUUAGUCGUGAACGCAUGAUUUAACUGAAUAAACGCGAGGAUCGUUCGAAUUCGAUCUUGGAAAAGAUUUUUAUGUAAUUCGCGAAAGGAAUAAAGAAAAAAUAUAUA